GGUUAUCUAAAGUCUGUUCCUUUGCAAAAUGUUUCUGUUGAGACGGACAUCGUUGAUAUGAUAGCAGAAACAACGGUUUGUCAGACAUAUAAAAAUGUUGAAAAGGAUACAAUUGAAGCCAUUUAUAAAUUCCCACUUCAUGAAGCUGCAGCAGUAUGUGCAUUUGAAGCUGAAAUUGAUGGAAAGAAAAAAGUUAAAGGAAUAGUCAAAGAAGCAAAACAGGCAGCGCAGGAAUAUGACGAGGCUAUACAGCAAGGUCAUGGGGCUUAUCUCUUGGAAGAACAACUCCCGGAUAUUUUCCAAUGCUCCGUUGGCAAUAUCACUACUGGUCAAACCGUUGUUAUUAAAAUCACAUACGUAACCGAACUUAAACAUGAUGCUGAAUCUGAAAAAAUUCGAUUUGUUUUUCCUACUGCCAUUGCUCCACGAUACGGUUCAUCGGGUUAUUCUCCUGCAAAUGAUGGGAAAAAACUUAUUCCUGAUGAAGUAUCUUAUUCAGGAAAGACUGACUAUUAUUUAGAUCUUAAUAUUACAUGUAGAAUGACUUCUAUAAUUCAAAACAUCGAAUCACCAUCUCAUCAUAUUUCGACUGAAUUAAAUAUUGAUGGUAAUCCGAAUGUUUCAAAGAUUACUCUAGCCGAACAAAUUACUUAUUUAGAAAAAGAUUUUAUACUUGUUGUCAAAAGUCUUGAUCUCGAUAAACCAAGGGCCUUUAUUGAAUAUGACCCUAAGACAGAAACUAAUUGCGUUAUGCUAACUUUAGUACCAAAGUUUGCUAUUAAUGAAAUAAUGUCUGAAUUAAUUUUUGUGAUUGAUAGGUCUGGUUCAAUGGGUGGUGGACCUAUUAAGAAAGCAUCUGAGGCACUCCAAUUACUUCUUCGUUCAUUACCCGAAGAUUGUUUAUUUAAUGUAGUGUCAUUCGGAUCACGCUUUGAUUCUUUAUUUGAAAAGAGUCAACCUUAUUCUGAAGCAAGUUUCUCAAAAGCUCUCAAACAUGCACAAGAAAUGACUGCAAAUUACGGAGGAACUGUAAUUUAUAAUCCUCUAAAAUGGGCCUUUGAAAACUCAAGGAAUGAUAUGCCUACUUCCGUUUUCCUUCUUACUGAUGGUCAAGUUUACAAUGUUGAUCAAAUUAUAGAACUUAUUAAAUCUUGUGAAGAAAAGAAAAAAGAUGAUUUAAGAUUCUUUUCAAUUGGAAUUGGUGAUUCAGUUUCUCAUCAUUUAGUUGAGUCUGUUGCCCGUGCUGGUAAAGGAUAUUCGCAAUUUGUUACAAAUACUGAAAGAAUGGACAAAAAGAUUCUUGGAAU